AUGAUCCCUGAAGAGUUCCUCGACACUCAUUUCGUGGAGUCAAAGGAAGAACAUCUGGAGGAUUUUCUUGCUGUACGAGGUGUUCCAUGGUUGGUUCGAAAAAUGAUAUCUGGAAAACUACGUAAGGGACAGUUUCUAAUGAAGCAGAAUCCUGAUGGAGGUUACAUAUUACUACUCUACACCGCAGUUACGAAAUAUCAGAAAGAUGGUGAGUUAUGGGCACGAGUGUUGCUUUGUUUUGUGCAAAAGUCUGUAACUGCGUUUUACAGUUACACAACUGGGGAUCCCUCAAGAAACUUGCAGUACCGUUUCAAACUUGGCGAAACAUUCACGGAUACUGGUUAUGACGGAAAGCAGCACAAGAUAACGAUAACCAUGGAUGGUGACAAAUUGAAAGAAGUACAUCUGAACCUAGAAAGAGAUGUUGGAGAAGACGCCUUCUAUUUCUUCUUCCAAAAUGGAGUUCUGGUUUCGGUAGGUCGCUACUUCAUUGACAAUUCUUCUUCAUAG